CCCAAACCGGCGCGCGGACACAGCUCGAGGUGGGAUUAAAAAAAAAAUAAAUAAAAAAAUAAAAAAAUAAAUAAAAGAAAUCUCCGGGAUGGUGGACUCCCGCUUCCCUCGCGCUGCUGUCGGCCCGGGAAUCACGCGCCAUUGAAGGGGGUGAUAUUGUGCAUGCGCUUUAGCUCCGCUGUGUGCACGUUUGGGUCGAUACGAGCACACACUGGCGUGGCUCUCGGCCUCCAUUUGCCAGUUUGUGUUUAUGUUCGAGGGAUUCACGAGGCCUUUCCGCGGUUACGACGACGUGCAACAGUUGGAGUUUUUCACCGUGGGCUGUGUUAUUUUGUCGCCCACGGAGCACGCGACGCAUUCAGCCCGACGUUAAAAGGUGAGGCGUUGAGUGAAACCUGCAACUUUUCCAACUUGGUAUCAAAUGAAUUGAGAUUACCUCAGACUGGGGGUGAUGCCUGUUACAGACUGUGAACUCAUGUCCAUGGAGGACCACCUUCCACUGAAGGUUGAGGAUGGUAACUUGACCAACAAUCCCUCCUUAACCCCUUCCUGUCCAGUCACUGCAGGACCUAGCCCUACUACUGAGCCAGGAAUUGAGAACCGAGCUGUCUCAAUGGCAAGUAAUGAUUGCAGUUCAGCGCUCUCUUCACCUGCCGAAGCUAGCCCAGCAAAACCUGCUGCAACAUCACCUACUCUGUUAGAACAAACUCUUGAUACAAGCCCAGCUACCUCAAAAAUAGCAUCAGCUGCAGACUCCUUAAAGUGCACAGGAACAAGCCUUAUUGACAUGUCAGAGUCGCCGCCAUCUGUGUUGCCAUCCACCUCAUUUGGCAGUACAGACCUGGAAAAUAUUAAUAACCUUCCUACUGUGCUGACCUUCAAAGGUGUCAGUGUCAGUCUGGAGAGUAAUAGUGUGUGGAGGCAGUUCUACAGCUGUGGGACUGAGAUGAUUCUCACUAAACAAGGCCGUCGCAUGUUCCCCUACUGUCGAUAUCGCGUAUCCGGUCUAGAUCCUGAGCGGAAGUACAGUCUAGUCCUGUCCAUCGUUCCAUCAGACCAGCACAGGUAUCGCUGGAAUGUAAACAAAUGGGAGGUCUCUGGACCAGCAGAACACCAGACCCAGGGCCUAAUCCGAGCAUUUCCUCACCAUUACUCACCUUGCACUGGCUCCGAGUGGAUGAGCGGUAUGGUGUCCUUCUACAAACUCAAACUGACUAAUAAUUCCCAAGACCAAGACGGCUAUAUAAUCCUACACUCCAUGCAUCGUUACAUUCCUAGACUUCAUGUGAUACCUGUUCUGGACGGAGUUGCACCCACACCAGACCAUCCUGUGAUUAUGGGACCAGAGAGCAUGACCUUUACUUUUCCACAAACUGAAUUUAUGGCUGUUACGACUUAUCAGAACUUUCGGAUCACUCAGCUGAAGAUUAAUCAUAAUCCGUUUGCUAAGGGCUUCAGAGAGGAUGGGAAUAACCCCCGCCUUAAGAGAAUCUCUGCAGAGACCCUGGUUGUGAAGACAGACGCUCAUCCUCCUGCUAUUACACCUGCUGCAACCAGUGAAAAAAAAGAGGAGGUUCGAGAUCUGUGGACAGAGAAACACAGCAUCCCAAAACAACCAGAGACUAGGCUGGUUCUAAAGCCCAUAAUGUCGACCUCAUCUAAUAAGGAUGAACCAUAUGUCCAGUGUAUAAGAGGCAAACACGCCCUUGGUGAGCUUGUGCUUGUUGAAAAACGUCCAUGUUUGGAACACAAGGAAGAAAACCACACCAUUAGCCCGACGCCUAAAGUGCAGCAAUGUGUCACCGUGACCCCGAAAGCAACACCUGUGACUCCUACUCCAUCACUGUCUUCCCCCAAAUCAUUACCUGGAUACCGCAAGAGGAAGAAGAGGAUUAACCGGCACUGGGCAAAUUCCCGGGGAAGAGAGUGGAAAACUGUGGCUGCCUCCCCCACAGUAGCCCACAGCCCGUCAUUGACUGUCGCUAUGCAACCAGAGCUGGAUGAUGUAGAGGGCCUGCUGUUUGUGUCAUUUACCUCAAAGGAAGCUCUGGAGAGUCAUGUCAGGGAAAUGCCAGGCACGAAGAAAUCAGUGGAAUCUCCAGUUUCCGAAACCACCCCAGUGCAGCUGAAGCAAACAGUGACAGUGAACCCAGAGACUGAUGAAGAAAAGAUCAGCCGCUCAGAGGCCAAAUUGCUGCUGGACCUCAGAGUUCUCAAACACAGACAGGUUAUCCAUCCUCUGCUGCAGGAGGUGGGCUUGAAGUUGAGUUCUGUAGACCCCUCUCAGUCUAUUGACCUACAAUAUCUUGGGGUUCGGCUGCCAUUACCUCCCCCAGAAAUACCAGAACAAGGCGGUGCCUCUGAUCUGCUUCCUGGUGAUGAGGGAUUGCCCUUCAUCUCCCGAACAGGAAAGACCAGCGACAUGACAAAAAUAAAGGGAUGGAAAAAUAAGUUCAUUAAAAGUAAAGACACUUCUCUUAACAGUGAUGGAUCAGCAAAGAACCUAUCUGCCUUCUGCAGCAACCUGUUGGAUGAGUACUUGGAAAAUGAAGCUCAGCAAAUCAGUGAGCGCGCUGCCGCCUUUUCCACAAACCCUGAGGGUUCGGUUAACUAUCAGCUUCCUGCUAAGAGCUCAAGCUAUGUGAGAACCCUGGACAGUGCACUGAAGCAUCGAGAGGCUGCAGCCAAAGGCCCCCACAAACCUUGCCCCCUUUCUUACAAACCCCUCCUCUACGCUGCCUUGAAGGCACCAGCGCCUCCCCUUGCCAGUCCUGUGUCAUCCCCUGUUCAAUCAGAGUCUCAGUCCAUACAGCAGUCCACAACUUCACAUGUUCAGCCCAAACCUGUGCUGCAGGACAGCCCAUGUGUACCUUCAGGGUCAAAUCAUUCUAGUUCUGCUGUACAGAAACUAUCUGUGUCCCUCCCAGGGAUCAACCAGCGAUCAGCAGGGUACUCUGGGCAGAGCCCAGGGGGGUCCCACAAAUCUUAUGGCCUUACUAAGUUUGACCAUAAGAUAUCGGAGAUGGAGAUUGGAGCCCUGAAGCAGGGCCUGGGGAAAACACAUCUGACACCAGAACGGCUGUCGGUGGCUCUGUCUGUAUUACUGACAAAAGAGAUGCAGUCCAGUCAUUUUGAAAGGGUGCCCCAGUAUCCUAAGGACAAGGCCUCAGGUCCUGAAUGUAGCCAGGAGUUCUGCAGGCUGGGCUGUGUGUGUUCCAGUCUCAACACUCUUAACAGAGAGCCUGUCCACUGCCGACGAUCUGAAUGCAUGCUUGGAUGUUCCUGCUUCGAACAGAACAUCACCAAGCAGAAGAACACAGAGGAGACAGAACCACAGAGAACCCUUGUCAACUCUCUGACUAAUAUGGAACAGGACAUCCAGCCUUGCUCAGACUCUGCUUCAAAAAGACUCUGGAAAAGCAACAUUUCUGGUAAAGAUCCAGAGCCGGUCUUCACCCCUAAAAGUGCUCUACAGUUUGUGGAACCUGUUAAGGUUCCAAAACGCAGCAAUGAAAAACAGCAAGGGGGACAGGUAAAGAUCAGAGAGGAGGAUAAGGAUCCAGUGUAUAAGUACCUGGAGAGCAUGAUGACAUGUGCACGCGUACGAGAGUAUAACAGUAAACAGCCUCCUGAAGUCAGCAGGGAAAGAACUCUACUUGAUAUUAUCAUGCCAAACACUGCAACAAAACCGCAGAAGAUGGCUGAGAAGUCAAAGCAGUGCCACAGAACUACAUUAAAAGCAGGAAGGGACAUGAAGGAUACAUCAGCCAAAGAAAAAAAGGCACGGAAGCUAAUCGAAAUCCAGUCUGUGUGUCAGUGGAGCAGUGACCGCAAAAUGGUCUUGGAAGCUUUAUGUGAACGCAUGAAUCAGAACAAACUGUCACGGCGGUUCUCAGUGGGCCCUUAUCGCAUCCGCCCUGUUGCAAAAAUCAUCAUGCAGAAACCGAGUGGUAACAUGGUCACCUACAGAAUACACAUCAGUAAACCAGAGAAAGUCAGUGAUGAUGAUGAGGAUGAUGAUUUUGAUGACAGUGAUGACACUGAUCAUGAAAUGGACACGGGUCAAAGCUUUCGAGGAGACGUGCAUGCAUCAGAGGAAUACGAGCAACUUGAGGAACCUCAGUUUAGGGUUGGAGUGACACCCUUCUUAAGUGGAGUAUUACCCGCAGGCAGAAUGAGAGCCAGAAAAAAACCUGCUGGCUGCCAGGCAUCUGGAUUAAUACAGGUUAAUGGCAAAUCCUACAACCAAGCCAGACUGAUGUUAGGGAGAAUGGGAUCUCUACAUCCAGCCAACCGCCUUGCAGCCUAUGUCACAGGCCGACUGUGUCCUCCAAAAGACAUUUCUCAUAAAACUGUUGAAAGAAAGGAUUCUGUACACAAAACCAACACUCCUGGUGCUCUGCACAUAAAGGCUGCAGGCACCGUAGUCCCAGCAAUUAUCACCGCAAGAAAAACCACCGAACUGAAGACGGCAACACAACCUCCAGUUCAGUCUUUCCAACCUGACUCUUGGAGAUCAGGGCCCAUCGCCAUACCACACAGUUCACAGCUCUCCUCUACCAUCAACCCCGCGCAGACAUUUUUCUCAGGUCAACGUAGUUCUCUUAAAUCCUUCCAGAACAGCUCCUCAUCCUCACCUGUGUCUCUCACCGUCUCCCCCUCACUGAAAACCCCCAGCUUCUUGGCUCACAGUGGAACCUAUUCAUUCAGGAUUUGCCCUCCAGCCAACAAGGGCACGAAGGAGCAGAAACUACCAGGUGUUGCUCUGCCUGGGGGUUUCACCCUGAUUCAGCUCCCAAAGCCUACUGCCAGUGGACCGCUGAAGCAACGUCCGAAAGCUGCAAACACAACAAACGUGGCUCAGGCAGUUAAAGAGCCACCGCAGAAACCGACUCUGUUUAAUCUCAAUUUAGAGGCAAUUUUGCGUGGUUUACACUCUGACCACGAAGCUACUGGAGCUAAAAACCUAUCAAACGGCAGAGCUGCAAAGUCCAGCUCCUCCCCUGAGCUGGUGCUUGGCAAGAACGUGCCUUCAGAUGAGAAUGAUGAGAUCAGCGACAAACAGGUUGAGUUAAACCUGGAUAUGGGUUCAGAUUACUUAAGCUCAGACUCCUGCGACCACAGUGAAGAGGAUGAUGGAGAUGAUGAUGAAGUGGAUAUUGAAACAGUGGAAGAAAUAAAACUAAAAAUGCCAUCUGAUGCAGCAAGUAUUUUUUCCAACUGGAAAGUACAGAAAUCCAGAGAUUCCAGCUGUGAUGUACCAGUGAAAGAGCUUAAUAUCAAGGAUGGCCCAGAAAAUAACCUGGAGGAGCGAAGGGCAAAGAGGCAAAAGACCCACACUGUUCUUGAAAGAUGGAGGCGCUCACAACAGCGGAGCCGCUUUGACAAGCUUCAGAAGGUCCUGAAGAGUGACCCGAGGAUGAACAGGGUCACCCUCCUGACACUGGCUCUGGAAGAAAUAAAAAAUCUGACAGAAAAAUCUAACCGUCUGGAGGAAGACAAGAGGAAGCUGACUGAGCAACGGUCUGUCUAUCUGAAGGAGAUCUCCCUUAAGUCUGGUAAGUCGGAGAAGGUGAUUAUGGAUAAGCUGAAGGACCUCAGCGAGAAGCAAAAACAGAGGGAGAGAUGGAUGCCUUUCUUCUCUCGGCUCCUCCAGUCCAGAGCUGCUGCUCUACAAGGCAUUCAGCUCGAGUCAAAACCCGAAGAGCUUCCUCUCCUGUGGGAGAACAACCGUAGCACAGCUCCGUCGUUAACCACUAAAGAAGAGCCCACAUCUGCUCCUCAGCCUAACCCGACUUUGCCCUCAGCCCGAGACAUUUUACAGCGGAUUAUGUCCAGGGCUCAGCAAGCCCUUCAGAGGGCUUCAGCUGAGACCUCAUCGCUCGGACCACAGUCAGACAUCCCCACAGCUUCACCACGGCUACAGGCCAAUACACCAGCUGACUGUGAUCAGUCUAAGGCUGAGGCGGGACAGUCUCAGGAUCCCUCAGUUUCUGCAGAUUCUCCACAGGUCAACCCAGGCAAGGAUGGAGCCCCGCCUGUUACAUCAACACCCAAGUCAAACACCCAAACUGUUUCUACACAUCAGCCCUUUACGCUGCCUUUGAUUCGCUCCAAGACUGGCAGACUCAUACUUCCCUCUUCUCUCAAACCACUUGGUCAGGGCUUCUAUACACUCAUGGUCAUGAAGCCCAAAGAGUCUGAGGGGAACCCCUCUGUUCAGAAGCAGCCUUUGGAUGCAGACUCAUCCAAGAACCAGGAGAGAAGCAUCUCUGAAUGCGAACAACCUUCAGAUUCAGACAGAAGUCAUAUCAAGGAGGAGGACAAACCCAUACAUCCUUCUGACUCUGAACCAAAGUGUUCAGGUGGAACAUUCCCUCUGGCUGAGCUUGUCCUACUUAACAAAACCAUCUAUAAGCCAUCAACGGGACAGCAACCAGGGCAACAGAACGACGACGGGGGCUCGGCAGUGGGCUUGGAUAAACCACUCACAAAUGCUUGUCUGAGUUUCAACAGUGUGCCUGAAGUCCCUGAGCCGGUUCCCAGCCCAAAUGUUCUUUCUAUAUUCCGUCGUGGCCCAGGGAGGCCCCGAAAACAUCCAGUUAUCCCCAUCAGUGAAAAUAGAAAACGUAUGAUCGUAGGAAAUGGCAGUAAAAAGUUCAAUAGUUGGAAGGUGAGGAGCCAAAUACAAGUUAAGGACACCAUAGAGAAAAACGGUGUGCCUGUCAAACGAGGCAGAGGGAGGCCUCCCAGGAAGUCAGAAAACCUGAUGGGUCCUCCUGCUCCUAAACGCAGAGAGGCCAGCCCUGACGGUCCUACCUACACCCCUAAUGGUAAAUCUGUGGUUAGCUCUACAGCAGACGCCUCACUGAAAGACGCCAACACAACACGGCCGUUAACACGAGGCUCUCUAGGGAAGGACUUCCCCAGCGCCAAGAAGCGCUCCUGGAUAGACGUAGAAAAGGAACUGGAACCAGACAUGGACUCUGAAUAACCUCUGAAUCUUCUCGUUGCUGUAAACGCUUCUAUGCGCAGCCGUUUGACCUCAGUUAGUCUCACACUGAAACCUCACACCUCUCUGAGGCAGCUGCAUCUGUCCCAGAAUCCUCCACAGUCUUGUUUAGAGGACUUUGUCUUCUCUUAAUAGUUGUGAAGACCAAUCACACAAGUCAGUUUAAUCCUAACCAAUGUGCCUGUGCAGAGACCCAAAGGACCAGGGACACCGUGAAAUACCAGAUGCUGCUCUUAAGUCCACGGAGUCUGUGGGAACAGUUUUCAUACCACAGUGAGAGGAAGCAUUAACUGACCUGCUGAAUGUAUGAAUGAGUUUCGGUACCUCUCGCAGCCUGUUUUGAUAUUUUAUUUUCUAAAAUGAAACUUAUCUAAACUUGAGCUACGUUUCUGUUGCAAGUCAUCACCUUUGUUUCCCAAUUUGCUCCUGUUUUCAGGAAAUGUCUUUUGUGUAAAUGAAAAUGAAUUAAGGAACAUCAGAUAUCUGUAUUAAUUUUCCAGAGUGUGUUUGAAACGUUCUCAUUUCCGUUAUUAACCCAGUGACCAUCAUCUGUAGUGUGUGUGUGUGUAUAGCAGCACUUUCUUUUACUGUCUAUAGGUACUGUAAGCCAGUAGAAAUUUGCAGUUUGUGCAGCUCUAAUAGCACCAAUAUGCAAACAACUUAAUUCCUUUAAGUGUCAGAAGCAAUCAAGAUUAAAACUAUUAGCCAUAUAAUUGUGUCUAUGGAAAUAACCUGUGUAUAUAGUGUAUUUCUUUUUAAUUGCAAUGUGUUUCCCUCAUGUCUGACUUUGAGACACUGGUUGCUCUGGUUAUAUUCAAAGAUCACGUGGCCUUUAAAAUUAAUAAAAAGUAUAUGCAUUGAUUAUGAAA